UAUUCUUGAAAUUUACAUAACUUUAAAAAACAUGAAAAGUUCUAUCAAAGAUGAAAAUGCAUGUCUCGGAUCAAUACAAAUAUACAUGUGCUGAAAAUAUGAUUUCUCAUAUGAUCUUUUUGUAGGAAUUUAGAUUCGAACUUGAAAUGUUGAACAUUUCUCUCAAGGGUGUUAUGUUAGGACUAUUGUAGAAGAGUCGGAGUGCGACUUGGAUACCUCUAGUUACCAGUCAUUGAAGUAAAAGUUCAAUUCAUGUUCUGAUUUUAGACAUUAACUGGAUUAUUCACAUCUGUACAUGUACAGUAAUUGGAGAACUUUACCAAAGUAAAUACAGACACGGUUAUAGGAUCUAGACUGACUAUGAGACAUUGAGACUUUACAAAUCAAGAUAACAGCUGAAUUUAUAAAGACUGGACAUAUCAUCAAGAAAAAUGAAUCGACUCCCUCGACAUCAUGUGGAGUGGCACUGCCACUCCAGCCCCACCCCUAGGAUCUCAGCCUGACCCCCAGGGAACCAGCCAAAAUCGCAAAGACUUAAGUGGUAACCUUCUAGAAAUUUUCCACGCAAAGAGCUGGGUCUCUGAUAUAGAUUCAGACUCUGAUAGUCAAAUUGAUCCUUCAACGAAACACAAAGUUAAGAAAUCAAGAAAAAAUCAUAAGAAAGAUCCAGAGAGUGGUCUUGAAUCAAAAGAAAAUAAAGUUGAAUACCCCCCUUAUGUAAGACUACAAAGACGUCCUACUGUUGACUCCAACGCUUGCAUAGAUUCGAAUCUAGAAACUGCUGUUAAUGUACUUAACAGUCAAAAAGACAACACUGGAGAUCUAGAAACUAAAAGCAAGCCAACGGAUACAACCAAAAAUUCAGAGGAAUUUGAAAAUCAAAAGCGUGACUUGUUUCUCAAGCUCCUAAGAGGUGAAACAGAAGAUGGUAACCAACCUACACAAGGCUCUGUAGAUGACCUAGCAGUUAGCGAUAAUAAUCUAGAAUAUUCAGAAAGAGAAAAAGAAAGAGAUAAUUCGGAAGCAGAACAAUUAGAAAGUGAUAAUUUAGGAAAAGACCAAUUAGAAAGAGAUAAUUCAGAAAAAGACCAAUUAGAAAGAGAUAAUUCAGGAAUAGACCAAUUAGAAAGAGAUUAUUCAGGAAAAGACCAAUUAGAAAGAGAUAAUUC